CACUGUCACCUCUCUCAUGCUAAUCUCCUCCAACAGAACAUGCAGGAAAACAGGACAGCCUCCAAUUCGGAAAAGAAAACCCAUCCAGACUACAUUACCCAGAAUUCAGUUUGAGCGCAAGUCGCCGCACCUUCGCCGGGUGGAGCUUGUGAACGUGGGAACGUUUGUGGGUUGCUGCGGGGUUUGCUGGAGUAAAAAAAAAAAAAAAAAAAAAAUUGUUUGACAGGGAGGUGAGGCGACCCGUGCAGAGCAGACAGAAGAAGGGAAGGGAAGUUCUCUCAGUGUGUCAGUGGCAGUUUCCGAGUCAACGUGGAGGCAGAGCCGAGAGCGACAAAUGAUUUGUACGAGUCUAAGCAACAGGGCACGGAGCGAAAUGUCAGGGACUGUCUCAGCCUUGAGCAGAGGGAAGCGCGACUAGUACACCGCAACGCGGAAAAUAUUCAGGGGGGUGAGAAUGCGAAUGGUGCGAAGAUACCGAAAUCAAACAAAAUGGAAACGAUGUAGCGUCGCUGCGGCAUUUCAUAUAGCUAGAACUAACGUUAGAGUAGAGAACAGAUAGCUAAAGGAGCUAACAGGUAAACUAACAUACAUGUGAAGUUAUCCCCCCCCGGAGAAGCUGAAGCAGAGCCCGGAGGCGUCUGUUGAAUCAGAAGAGUUCAUCGGUGUUGCCAAGAAAAAAAAAAAAAAAAAAAAAAUCCAAGAAGAUAAACACGAAGAUGCUACGGAGAAGACUCAACCGUUUGCUUGGUGUCGAUGAGAGAAGAGUGGACAGUAGGACUAUCUAUGUUGGACAUCGGGCAUGUUCUGCCACUGAGGCUUUCAUCCCAGCCAAGUUCUGCGAUAAUAGGAUUGUGUCCUCCAAGUAUACAGUUUGGAACUUUCUACCAAAGAAUCUGUUUGAACAGUUUAGAAGAAUUGCCAAUUUCUACUUCCUUAUCAUCUUCCUGGUGCAGGUGAUAGUGGACACCCCCACCAGCCCAGUCACCAGUGGCCUACCCUUAUUUUUUGUGAUCACAGUAACCGCUAUCAAGCAGGGCUAUGAAGACUGGCUUCGGCACAAGGCUGACAACGAGGUGAAUAAGUACCCUGUGACAGUGCUGGAGAAUGGCUGCAGGAUACGUAAGGAGAGUGAGAAGAUUAAGGUUGGAGAUGUGGUGGAGGUGGAGGAAGAUGAGACCUUUCCCUGUGAUUUAAUACUGCUGCAGUCUAGUCGAGAUGAUGGCACAUGUUUCGUUACCACAGCAAGUCUGGAUGGAGAGUCCAACCAUAAAACACACUACACAGUACCAGACACAGAAAAGGACCUGGAAUCUCUCUACGCCGCCAUCGAGUGUGAACAGCCGCAGCCUGACCUUUACAAGUUUGUCGGCCGUAUGCACAUCGACAGAAACAAUCAGGAGCCUGCAGUGAGGUCUUUGGGCCCAGAAAACCUUCUGCUGAAAGGGGCAACUUUAAAGAACACUCAGAAAAUCUGUGGUGUUGCAGUUUACACUGGCAUGGAGACAAAAAUGGCUCUCAACUACCAGGGCAAGUCUCAGAAACGCUCUGCUGUGGAGAAAUCGAUCAAUGCCUUCCUUCUGGUUUACCUUUGCAUACUGGUGAGCAAGGCCCUAGUGUGCACUACGCUUAAGUAUGUUUGGCAGAGUGAACCCGGACAGGAUGAGCCUUGGUACAAUGAGAAAACCCAGAGAGAGAAGGAUACCAACCUGUACCUAAAGAUGUUCACUGACUUCCUGUCCUUCAUGGUGCUGUUCAACUUCAUCAUUCCGGUGUCCAUGUAUGUGACGGUUGAGAUGCAGAAGUUUUUGGGAUCCUUUUUCAUCACAUGGGACAAGGACUUCUUUGACCCUGAAAUCAAGGAGGGGGCACUGGUCAACACCUCAGACCUCAAUGAGGAACUGGGACAGGUGGAGUAUGUUUUCACCGACAAGACGGGCACCCUCACUCAGAAUAACAUGGAGUUCAUCGAGUGCUGCAUCGACGGAUUCCAGUACAAGUACCGGGAUGCGAGCUCGGAGCUGGACGGAUUCUGUGUCACAGAUGGACCUGUGAGCAUACUGCAGCAGAAAGCUGGCAGGGAGAAGGAAGAGCUGUUUCUGCGUGCCCUGUGUCUGUGCCACACAGUCCAGGUGAAGGAGUCUACAGAGCAGGGUCAAGGCCAAAGGGACGGGCUGGUGGACCAGGUGGAUGGCUUAGGGGUGGAUGGAGAGGUGAUUCAUCCUCUACAGGAGCAGAGGGGCUUUAUAGCCUCCUCACCUGAUGAGGUUGCUUUGGUCAAGGGUGCCAUGAGGUAUGGCUUCACAUUUCUGGGUCUCGAAAGUAAAAGCAUGAAAAUUCUCAACAGGAACAAUGACAUUGAAUUGUAUGAACUGCUUCACGUGCUGAACUUUGACCCUGUGAGAAGGCGAAUGAGUGUAAUAGUCAGAUCCAAAUCAGGCGACACACUGCUCUUCUGUAAAGGAGCCGACUCUUCCAUCUUUCCCCGCGUCAGACAAGAGGAGGUUGAAAGGAUACGCAUGCAUGUGGAGCGCAAUGCAACAGAGGGCUAUCGGACUUUGUGUGUGGCCUACAAAAUUCUCAGUGCGGAGGAGUACGCUCAGGCAGAUGCAGGACUGAGGGAAGCAAGACUGGCUCUGCAGGACAGAGAGGAGAGGCUCAUGAAUGUUUACAACCAAGUGGAGACUGGCAUGAGUCUGAUUGGAGCCACUGCGGUAGAAGAUCGACUCCAAGAGGAGGCAGCAGAGACCAUGGAGGCGCUGCAGGGGGCAGGCAUUAAGGUUUGGGUCCUAACAGGGGACAAGAUGGAGACGGCAAAAUCCACCUGUUAUGCUUGUAGAUUGUUCCAGAGGAAUACAGAGCUGCUGGAGCUGACAGUGCGGACUCUGGAGGAUGGGCAGCCGAGCCGUGAACAACGACUACAUGACCUCUUGGUAGAUUACCACAAGAAGACUGUACAGGAUGCACCACCAGUUAAGGCAGGCAUCACCAGGAGCUGGUCUUCUGCAGGCCACGACUAUGGUUUUAUCAUAGAUGGAGCCACUCUGUCGAUGGUGCUCAACUCCUCCUCUGAAUCCAACUCAAAUAGCUACAAGAACCUGUUUCUGCAGAUUUGUCAAAACUGCACGUCUGUGCUCUGCUGCCGCAUGGCUCCUCUACAGAAGGCGCAGAUAGUCAAGCUGGUGAAGAACUCAAAAGGCAGUCCCAUCACCCUUUCUAUUGGAGAUGGCGCCAAUGAUGUCAGCAUGAUUUUGGAAGCCCAUGUUGGCAUUGGUAUCAAAGGUAAAGAGGGUCGACAGGCAGUGAGGAACAGUGAUUAUGCCAUCCCCAAACUCAAGCACCUCAAGAAACUUCUGUUGGCUCACGGGCAUCUCUACUAUGUUCGCAUUGCACACCUGGUGCAGUACUUCUUUUACAAGAACCUUUGCUUCAUCUUACCUCAGUUUUUGUACCAGUUCUUCUGUGGCUAUUCACAGCAACCCCUGUAUGACGCGGCCUAUCUCACGAUGUACAACAUCUGCUUCACCUCUAUGCCCAUCCUGGCUUACAGCCUUUUGGAGCAGCACAUCUGCAUGGAGGUUCUGCUGGACAAUGCCCCCCUCUACAGAGAGAUUGCUAAGAAUGCCAUGUUACGCUGGGGACCAUUCCUCUACUGGACUUUACUCGGAGUCUUCCAUGGCCUGCUCUUCUUCUUUGGCGUUCGAUUUUUGUUCAGUAACCCAGCACUGCAGGAUAACGGCCAGGUUUUUGGGAACUGGUCAUAUGGAACCAUUGUCUUCACUAUCCUUGUCUUCACUGUCACACUCAAGCUUGCUCUGGACACGCGACACUGGACAUGGAUCAACCACUUUGUAAUCUGGGGCUCCCUGGCUUUCUACGUGUUUUUCAGCUUCUUCUGGGGAGGAAUUAUCUGGCCUUUCCUGAGGCAGCAGCGUUUGUACUUUGUGUUCGCCAACAUGCUGAGCUCGGUGUCGGCCUGGCUGGUCAUCAUCUUGCUCAUCCUGCUCAGCCUACUGCCAGAGAUCCUGCUUGUGGUGUUCCGCAAACCCCGCGGGCCCCACGCUCGACAGAAGAAGUCGGCUCAGUCGAGCGUGGGGGGCAACCAGUCUCCCCGGUCUUCAGCCAGGCCUCUGCUCAUGAGAACCUUUUCAGAUGAGUCCAAUACGAUCAUUUAAACAGCUGUCGGACGACGGCCUGCUACAAACAUCCAGAUCGCAGCUGUCACACCACUAUCCUAUAAGCACCUGAAGGAGCGCGAGUGAAGGGCAGCAGCGGUGGCGUCGGCCACCUUCAGGGUCCUGUGCCAGUCUAGUCAGAGCUGUCUGAUGGAAAAAAAGGAGGAGAAGAAGAGGAGAGAAGAGAAGAAGAGAUAUGUGCUGACUGGGGGGGAAAGGAUAAAAAGGGGUUUAGCAUUCUUUUUGACUCACGUGUCUCUACUCCGUCCUUCUCUGCCCAAUCCCGACAGCUCCUGAUCCCCCCACGCAUGCCUGCAGAGCUGUGCCCUGCAUUGUUUUUUAAAAUAUCUACUCAGAUGACGGGCAUGACUUUUUCUUUCUUUUACUUCUUUUCUUCUUUUCUUUCUUUUUUUUUUAAAGAAUACUAGCUUACAAAUGAAUGCAUACAUGGCUGCCUUGUCAGUAGCUCUACCCAACUGCUGUGUUUUAACAGGCAGUUGUAAUAUCCACUCCAAGAAUGGUUCACCUGCAUGAAUGAAGGCUCAAAGCAAUGCUUCACUCCGCUGAUGUUCAGUCACUGUGUUCUGCAACCGUUCACACAUAACAAUCCCACUCUCAACAGUUACAGGCUAUUUUACUCUACGGUUACUGCGCUUUUUUUAAAAUUAGUUUUUCUUUAAAUGGUUAACAUAUGCUUCAGGAAAUACAGUCAUCAACAGGUCCAGGUUAUUUAAUGAAAAGUUACUGAAUGUGAUUUCAGUUCUGCUCAGAGCAGCAAAGCAAAUUGAACGGGUUUCUGAUUUAUUGAUGAUUUUGAUCGUCUGUUUCCGCUGAUGAUCCUCUGUUGUAUACUCGGUAUAAGAGCGGUUAGUGGAGGUCGUUUUACCUCUCAAUCCAAAAAGCGUGUAUGUGUGUGUAAGACUGAGACAUAGAUUAGAGAUUGUUAAACGUAUUUUUGGAGCGUGACCUAAAUCUUCCAAUCUCAGAGAUAAUUUAAGAGUCCAUUUAAGAUGAGAAAAUUAAUAUAUGUGCUGUACUGUAUAUAGCUUAGAGAUGUAUGAUCUGCUCAAAGCCAAAAAAAAGUCGAACAUAGCGCGAUCAGAUUCUGUCCACACUUAGUGUGACCUGAAGGUGACAAGUCAGUGUGUGUGCUGCGUGUACGGGUUUGUUUGUGUGAGUAACAGCCGAUUUUCUAGAUGGGAAAAGCGUGUCGUGAAAAACCGGGAUUACUUGAACCUUGUCGAUGUGUUUCGGUUUGACAUUUCCUGCACUAUUAAGGAAACUGGUUUCUUUAUCGAUAGGCACGUGAAUAUAUGCCCGAGCACACACAUACACACACACAUAUCAGAAGAGAACAACACACGCACAAUAACCACACACAUAAUCGCGCACAUGCACUAAAGCCUGAAUGAGGCAUUUAUGUUCAUUACCCAUUAUCUAGCUUGUGUAACUUGUCUCCAGCAGGCUGAUGUUGGAGUGUCAAGAAAAUCAGCUCCAGACCUGCAGAGUCAGCAAAGUUAACGCCACUGUGAGGCUUUCCUUCCUUCCUUUAACGUCCUGUGUGUAGUGCUUCAUACAUUCCAUGUUAUCAUGCCAUGAUUUCAAACACUUUUAGAUACUGUUUUUUUGAAUAUGCUGUUCUUUUUUCCCACAAACAUGUAUUGUCUUUUUGACAUAUUUAUUAUAAGUGUACUUUUAUUCACAAAUAUUAUACUUUUAUUACACAGAUUUGUUUUCUUUUUUUUUUCUUCUAAGUGUGGAGAGUGGUCAUCUUUGUGCCAGUUGAGUUAUUCUGUGUUACUCCAGCCCUGGUGUGAGCCUGUGCCAAUCUCAUUUGAUAGUCUUUGUCACAUACACAAAGACAGGCAGCCCCCCAAUACACUCCCAACAUCCCAAAAUCAACCUUUGAACCAAUACCACUACUAUCGCCAGGUUAGUUUAACAGCUAAUACAAACUGAUGAGUCGUAACUCAUUAAAUAUUUGUUUUUUGUUACAGAAUCAGUACUGUGUAUGGUGAUUUUAGAGUUCACUGCUUCAUUGAUCCGUGCUCUACAGAGGAGGAUCAGGGCCAGUAUAUAUAUAUAUAUA